AUGUAUAUUAGUCGACUACUCCAUGAAUUUCUUUUGCUUAUCGUAAUAUUCUAUGUUUAUAAAAUUCAAUCUGAAGAAAUUCUAUAUGAUACAAUUGUUUGUUUUGGUGAUUCAAAUUCUGAUACUGGAAAUGUUUAUAAUUUAACAAAUUCAAAAUGGCCUAUUGCUCCACCUUAUGAAAAAGGUCGAUUUUCCAAUGGACCAAUUUGGAUAGAAAAAUUAGGAAUAUCUAAUCUUAUGAAUUAUGCAUAUGGAGGUGCUACUACUGAUAAUAACUUAGUACAAGGUUAUACAGCAUUUAAUCUGAUGGUACCAGGUAUUCGUCAACAAAUAACUACAUACAAAAAUAUUACUGAUUUCAACAAGAUUAGUUUUAAUCGAACGAUUUAUAUAAUAUGGGCUGGUGGAAAUGAUUAUUCUUUUAAUAUUUCUUUAUCUCCAUCAAGUGUUGUUAAAAGUUUAAUUAAUGGAAUAAAUGAUUUGAUGCAAAUAGGUGCAAAACAUUUUCUUAUUGUAAAUCAACCACCUAUUCAAGCAUAUCCAGCUGCUUCCGGUUUAAAUAUGAGUGAUUAUUUAACCAAAGUUACACUUGAACAUAAUACUAAUCUAUCAAAUUCAAUUCAAUUACUUCAAUCGAAUUAUUCGAAUAUAUCAUUUAAAUUAUUUGAUGUUUAUUCACUCAUUGCAAAUAUUCUUAUGAAUGUUUUAACAUAUGGAAUAAACAGUACUACAAAUUGUUGGAGUACACCAAAUUAUACUGUUAUUCCCUUAUGUUCAACACCUAAUACUUAUAUUUAUAUUGAUAACUAUCAUUUUACAACUCGUAUACAUCAAUUAAUUGGUGGUAAUGCACGUAAAUUACUUAUACAAUCCAAAGAAAUUCCGCAUGAUACAAUUGUUUGUUUUGGUGAUUCAAAUUCUGAUACUGGAAAUGUUUAUAAGUUAACAGGUUCAAAAUGGCCUAUUGAUCCACCUUAUUAUAAAGGUCGAUUUUCUAAUGGAAAAGUUUGGAUAGAAAAAUUAGGAAUAUCUAAUCUUAUGAAUUAUGCAUAUGGAGGUGCUACUACUGAUAAUAACUUAGUACAAGGUUUCAGAGCAUCUCAGGUGAUAGUACCAGGUGUUCGUCAACAGAUAGCUAUAUACAAAAAUACUAUUGAUUUAAGGAAGAUUAAUUUUCAUCGAACGAUCUAUAUAAUAUGGGUUGGUGAAAAUGAUUAUCAACUUAAUUUAGCUUUAUCGCCAUCAGCUGUUGUUAAAAGUUUAAUUAAUGGAAUAAAUGAUCUAAUUGAAAUAGGUGCAAAACAUUUUCUUAUUGUUAAUCAAUCACCUCUUCAAGCAUAUCCAGCUAAUCAAGCUUUAAAUAUACCUGAUUAUUUAAAGAAACUUACACUUAAACAUAAUCAUAAUCUAUCAAAUUCAAUUCGAUUACUUCAAUUGAUUUUUCCGAAAAUAUCAUUUAAAUUAUUUGAUGUUUAUUCACUCAUUACCAAUAUUCUUAUAAAUCCUUCGACAUAUGGAAUAAACAGUACGACAAAUUGUUGGAGUACACCAAAUUAUACUGUUGUUCACGUAUGUUCAACUCCUGAUACUUGUCUUUUUAUUGAUGAAUAUCAUUUUACUACUCGUAUACAUCAAUUAAUUGCUGAUAAUGCACGUGAAUUACUUGUACAAUCGAAAGGAACUAUUAAGUUUCAUCAUUCUAUUUUUUCCGUUUGA